AUGCCUACUGCCACGGUAUUUACUAAACCAGUUCUCCAAACUAAAAAAAAAAAUAAACUAAAAGUACUUGCCUUGGUAUUCCGCCGGGUUGUCAAAAAUAAUCGUAAAUUAUUCUUGGCUUGUUCUCUUUUAGCGGUAAUUACUGCUCUGAUUAAUUUUAACAUUGGGGUUAAUUUACGCCAUGCUCUCGUUAGUAAAGAAAAAACUCUGACCGAGCAAACUAUCAAGGAAAUAGAGAAGGAAGGGGGAGAGAAAACCCAAGAAAUAGAGAAAAAAAGAAUCAGAGAAAUAUUAAAUAAAAACGCCGAACAAAAUGAUAAACAACAGCGAGAAGUCAAAGAAAAAAUUAGCGAGCAUCAGCAAAUAAAAG